GGAAGGAUCUCAGAUGAGAGCAUUGCAGUUUGCACGCACAUCGCAGUUGGCUUUCCAGUAGGAUCAAGUCGACCGGCUGCAUGCAUUCACGAGCACACACCCCUCUACCGGUGAUGCCACCUCGGGGCAACCGCACCAACAACUCGCCGCUUUAGUCGCCUCGACUAUUGAAUGGAGCAGAAAAAUCUCAACGGCGGGGUUUACCCAACUCAAGCCGGAGAGAAGAAGCAUAAAGUCGGUUUUGUCGGGCUCGACCCAGGGGCUCCUGAAUCGAGUAGGGACGGCGCGCUGCUCAUUGCAGGUUCGGACAGCCCCAAGCGGAACAGCAUCCUCAGUAGACGGAGGUCCAGCGUUGCAAAAGGAAGACCAUCCAGGAGAAAUGCCAGUUAUCGGAAACUACAAAAUUUCCUGUACAAUGCACUGGAGAGGCCGCGGGGAUGGGCGUUCAUCUACCACGCUUAUGUGUUCCUGCUGGUCUUCUCCUGCCUCAUCCUGUCUGUGUUUGCCACCAUCAAGGAGUUCAAGAACAGCUCAGAGAGUGCCCUGUAUAUCCUGGAAGUCGUGACCAUCGUGGUGUUUGGAGUGGAGUACAUCGUGAGGAUCUGGGCGGCUGGCUGUUGCUGUCGCUACCGAGGGUGGAGGGGGAGGCUGAAGUUUGCCCGGAAACCCUUCUGUGUAAUUGACAUCAUGGUCCUGAUAGCGUCGGUGUCGGUAUUGGCCGCUGGUUCCCAGGGAAACGUGUUUGCCACCUCAGCCAUCAGGAGUCUGAGGUUCCUUCAGAUCCUGCGCAUGUUGCGCAUGGAUCGUCGCGGAGGCACCUGGAAAUUACUAGGAUCUGUAGUUUAUGCCCAUAGCAAGGAGCUCAUCACUGCAUGGUACAUAGGCUUCCUCUGUCUGAUCCUAGCUUCUUUCCUGGUGUACUCCGUGGAAAAGGACGACAACGACAUGUUUGAGACCUACGCCGACGCCCUGUGGUGGGGCCUGAUUACUCUGACUACGAUAGGCUACGGUGAUAAAUUCCCCAAGACGUGGAACGGACGUCUGCUCGCCGCUACGUUCAGCAUGAUCGGGGUGGCGUUCUUUGCCCUUCCCGCUGGUAUCCUGGGAUCAGGGUUUGCUCUGAAGGUGCAGGAGCAGCACAGACAGAAGCACUUUGAGAAGAGACGCAACCCUGCCGCAGGCCUCAUCCAGGGUGCCUGGCGGUAUCAUGCCACCAAUCUAGGCCGCACUGACCUGCUGUCAACAUGGGACUUUUAUGAGCAGACCGUCUCGCUUCCUAUGUACAGACUUAUACCUCCCCUGAACCAACUGGAUCUCCUUAGGAAUCUGAAGGGCAAGUCAUUUAGGAAGGAGUCCCAAACAGACGCGUCCCCCAGUAAUGCGAAUUCACCCAAAGGCAGGCUUUGUGGCUGCUGCCCAACAACCAUUAGUCGCAAGGCCAGUCUGAAGGACAAAGUGUUCCCCAGUCCAUCCAGGACCCCGGGGGCCAAAAGCAGGAACCAGUCACCCGGGGCCGAGGAUGGGGCAGAGGGCUUCAUGGAGCGUGGGCGGGGGCCCAUGCAUGCUUUUCGGAUGAGGGGAAGCACGUCUCGCCAGAACUCUGAGGCAAUUGAGGGGUUAAUAAAGGCCAGCUUGCCUGGAGAAGACAUGGCCGACGAUAAGAGCUGCCACGGCGACUAUUUUACUCAAGAAUUAUCGCCCGGGUUAAAGGUCACCAUUAGAGCCAUUUGCAUCAUGAAGUUCCUGGUAUCAAAGAGGAGAUUCAAGGAAAGCCUUCGCCCGUAUGACGUCAUGGAUGUGAUAGAGCAGUACUCUGCAGGCCACUUGGACAUGCUGUCCCGGAUUAAGAACCUGCAGUCCAGGAUAGAUAUGAUUGUGGGGGCCCCCCCCCCAUCUACACCUCGCCAUAAGAAGUCCACUGAAGGCCCUAGAGUUGACCAGAUUAUUGGUAAAGGUCCUCCAGUGUCGGAUAAGGGUCCCAAAGGUGCCGGUGAAGGAGAGGCCCCCGAGGACCCCAGCAUGAUGGGACGACUGGGGAAAGUGGAGAAACAGGUGGGCUCCAUGGACAGGAAACUGGACUUCCUGGUCAACGUGUACGUCCAACGCAUGGGCAUCCCGCGCUCUGAGACGGAGGCCUUCUUCAACUCCAAGGAGGCCUACCCAGCACCCCCUUACCUCAGCCCCGAGGAGAGCAAGGAGGAGAAGGAGGAGAAAAUCGAAGUGAGGGAGGAGAAGGAAGAAAAGACCUGCUCUGCACCUGAGGUGGUUUGCUCCGUAGCUUCAGUGGAGAGGAAGUCCCCUCCGCUGGAGGCUCUGUCUGUGGGCACCACCUCAGGUAGCCAGGGGCGCCCCUCCACAUCCUGGCAGCACCAGAUGCAGCAUCCCCUCAGCCAGCCCGCAUGGAACAGCAGCGUGGCCAACACCCCCUCGCCCAUAGGGGGCGGCGGAGAGCACUCGCCCCCCCUGUUCCGCCUGCCGCCCCCUCCCGCUCCGGUCCACGAUCGCUCGUCCUCCGGUCCGGGGGGAAGCGGCCGGGAGAGCAGCUCCCAGAGCAGGAAGCGGCAGAGGAGGCAGAGGCGCCAGCCGGAUGUGGCCGCCGUGGAGAGCGACACGUCCCUCUCCAUCCCGUCUGUGGACCACGAGGAGCUGGAGCGCUCCUUCAGCGGCUUCAGCAUCUCCCAGGCCAAAGAAGACUUCUUCGGAUCGUCCUUCUAUAACGGCGGGGCCGUCACUGGAGCCGAGGCCAGGACCGGGGCUGGGACCGGGGCUGGGGCCGGGGCUGGGGCCGGGGCUGGUGAUUCCCUCUGUGCCAGGGUUAAGCCUUACCUCGCAGAGGGGGAAUCGGACACAGACUCUGACCUGUACACCCCUGGGGGCCCUUCCCCCGUCUCCUUUACUGGGGAGGUGGCUUAUGGGGACAAGGGGUGGCCGGGACUCAAAUAGAUCCACAACAGCUGGUUAAUGUAGAAAAUGAUUAUAAUACGAAUCUGCAAUGUCCCUUGGGGAUCAAUCAAGUACCUACGACUACUAUGUGAGGUAUGCAAUUAUCCCGGGGUCUUGAGAAGCUUGACUUAAUUGCCAAUUGAAUUUGAAAAACAUGUACGAAACGGAUGCUAAUAAUUUCUGAUUACCUGAAUGAUGGUCAUGAGCCGAAUAUAGAAUAUUCAGUUAAGAGGGAUUGAUCAACGAUUAUGUAAGGGUGCCCCUUAACAGUAAUAAGGUUGCCUUUCGUGUUCCCGGCUGCACUUAAGAUACUAGAGUACUAGCAACUUAAUUAAAAUGUAUUAAUUAAAUAUAACUCUAGAAUCAUUUAAUUUAAUUUACUUUACUAAUAAUUCCGUAAUGUUGUUUUGGAGCUCAGACAAUAAGACACCGUUAAUUAUAGACAGCGGUAAAAUUGUACUUCGAUCAGUGAAUGAUUUAGCAUAACAAAAUUGAUAGGUUGACUACUGUGCUUUGCGUUAUCCUCAUAGUACAGCAAAUAAUCAUUUGUUUAAUGCUUCACAAUAAGAGAUUUUUUUGUUGUUGUAAUUGUAUGGUUUGACUGUUUAAACAAAGAUCUGCUGCCUGGAAAAAGCAUGCCUCCAUGGCUUGAGUAAUGCACAUGUGUGUUGAUAAUCAGUUAGACCAGUAAUUCAGGUGUACUGUAAAAGCGGGAAUCAACAGUGUAACCCUAAACCCCUAUUUUUUGAAGACUAAGUGCAUGGCAUGUACAUGGUUUUCUUUAGAGAUAGAGAAUAGGACAGCGUCAGAUAACAUCCUACGGAAAAAGAUCUGUAUCUUUCGGAAAAACACUGAAAUUGAAUAAAAAUGCAUGUAGUUACAGGGCUCAAAUUACAGUUACAUAGAGUAUAUGCAAAGGCUUUGCAAGUUUUUUAUUAAUUUGUUUCUGGCAGAUACAGUAUGUCAGCACAAUGUCAACAGUUACCCACAUUAUGUAGAAGUUAGAAGUUUACUGAACUUACAACUGUGUAAUACUAUGAAAAAAAUGUGCAUUUGAAUGUAUGUUCUGUACUGUAAACGCUUAAUGCACCCUCUCUCUCACUUUAAUUUGAACCAGAAAAAAUAACCAGAAAUGCAAAGAAUAAACAGUAAGGAAAACUAUCCCUUUCAAAUAAGUCUUUUAGUAUCUCUAUACAUUAUCUCAUAGUCAUCCAAUUUGUCACAAGUCGUUUGGAAACAAACUUUUUAAUUUUUUCCUAUGCUACAUUUGUAUGCCAAAGCUCUUCAAGUUCACAUACAAUGGUACAAAAACACUGGUAUUUUUCCAAAUAUUAGCUUGCCAGCAUGUUCUUAAACCCAAAGAUGUGACCACCUGUUUUACAUAUGUACUUAUGUUUUUGUAUACUUAUUCCCUCUUUCACUCAUCUCUUGAAUAACGAAUAAACUUUAUACCCGA